CGUGCUGAAGACUGAGCCUGCUCAGCAGCAGAGCACCCUCCCCUCUGCCCUUCUGCACGGAUAGAUCUCAGCAGCCUGACCUGGGGCCCACUGGCAGGAUGGACGAGGAAGGCCCAGAGUGCGGCAAACCUGACUUUGUGCUCCUGGACCAGGUGACUAUGGAGGACUUCAUGGAGAACCUAAAGCUCAGGUUCGAGAAGGGCCGCAUCUACACCUACAUUGGCGAAGUGCUGGUGUCCAUGAACCCCUACCAGGAGCUGCCCCUGUAUGGGCCUGAGGCCAUCGCCAAGUACCAGGGCCGUGAGCUCUACGAGCGGCCACCACACCUCUAUGCCGUGGCCAAUGCUGCCUACAGGGCAAUGAAGCGCCGCUCCAGGGACACCUGCAUUGUCAUCUCAGGGGAGAGUGGGGCAGGGAAGACAGAAGCCAGCAAGCACAUCAUGCAGUAUAUCGCUGCCGUCACCAACCCCAGCCAGAGGGCCGAGGUGGACAGGGUUAAGGACGUGCUGCUCAAGUCCACGUGCGUGCUGGAGGCAUUUGGGAAUGCGCGCACCAACCGCAACCACAACUCCAGCCGCUUUGGCAAGUACAUGGACAUCAACUUUGACUUUAAAGGUGACCCCAUCGGGGGGCACAUCCACAGCUACUUGCUAGAGAAGUCUCGAGUCCUCAAGCAGCAUGUGGGUGAACGGAACUUCCAUGCCUUCUACCAGGUGCUGCGGGGCUGCGAGGACGCUGAGCUCCAGGACCUGCACCUGCAGAGGAACCCCGCCCUGUACAACUUCACUCGGCAGGGUGCGGGGCUCAGUGCUCUGGAGAGCGACGAGAAGAGCCACUACCUGGAAGUGAUGGAAGCCAUGAGGGUGAUCGGCUUCAGCCCUGAGGAGGUGGGCUCCGUGCAUCGGAUCCUGGCGGCUAUACUGCACCUGGGAAACGUUGAGUUUGUGGAGACGGAGGCGGCCGGCCUGCAGCAGGGGCACCUGGCGGUGGCUGAGGAGGUGCUGGUGGACCACGUGGCCGAGCUGACGGCCACGCCCCGGGAGCUGGUGCUGCGCUGCCUGCUGUCUCGCACUGUGGCCUCGGGAGGCAGGGAGCUCAUAGAGAAGGGCCACACUGCAGCUGAGGCCAGCUAUGCCCGGGAUGCCUGUGCAAAGGCUGUGUACCAGCGGCUGUUUGAGUGGGUGGUGAACCGGAUCAACUGUGUCAUGGAAGCCCGGGGCCGGGACCCCCGGCGAGAUGGCAAGGACACAGUUAUCGGCGUGCUGGACAUCUACGGCUUCGAGGUGUUCCCUGUCAACAGCUUUGAGCAGUUCUGUAUCAACUACUGCAAUGAGAAGCUGCAGCAGCUCUUCAUCCAGCUCAUCCUGAAGCAGGAGCAAGAGGAGUACGAGCGGGAGGGCAUCGCCUGGCAGAACGUGGACUACUUCAACAACGCCACCAUUGUGGACCUGGUGGAGCGGCCCCACCGGGGCGUGCUGGCCGUGCUGGACGAGGCCUGCAGUGCCGCGGGCACCAUCACCGACCGCAUCUUCUUACAAAGCCUGGACACGCACCACCGCCACCACCCGCACUACAGCAGCCGCCAGCUCUGCCCCACGGACAAGACCAUGGAGUUUGGCCGAGACUUCCGGAUCAAGCACUAUGCAGGGGAUGUCACGUACUCAGUGGAGGGCUUUAUCGACAAGAACAGAGACCACCUCUUCCAAGACUUCAAGCGGCUGCUCUACAACAGCUCCGACCCCACCCUGCGGACCAUGUGGCCAGAUGGCCAACAGGACAUCACAGAAGUGACAAAGCGCCCGCUGACCGCUGGCACUCUCUUCAAGAACUCCAUGGUGGCCCUAGUGGAAAACCUGGCCUCCAAGGAGCCCUUCUAUGUACGCUGCAUCAAGCCCAAUGAGGACAAGGUGGCUGGCAGGCUGGACGAGGACCACUGUCGCCAUCAGGUUUCAUACCUGGGGCUGCUGGAGAAUGUGCGGGUCCGGAGGGCCGGCUUUGCUUCCCGCCAGCCCUACCCUCGAUUCCUGCUCAGGUACAAGAUGACCUGUGAAUACACAUGGCCCAAUCACCUGCUGGGCUCAGACAGGGCAGCUGUGAGUGCCCUCCUGGAGCAACAUGGGCUACUAGGGGAUGUGGCCUUUGGCCACAGCAAGCUCUUCAUCCGCUCACCCCAGACUUUGGUCACGCUGGAGCAGAGCCGUGCUCGCCUGAUCCCCAUCAUUGUGCUGCUGCUGCAGAAGGCCUGGCGGGGCACUCUGGCGAGGUGGCGCUGCCGGCGACUGCGGGCCGUCUACACCAUCAUGCGCUGGUUCCGAAGGCACAAGGUACGUGCUCACCUGGCUGAGCUGCAGCGGCGGUUCCAGGCGGCAAGGCAGCCCCCCCUCUACGGCAGAGACCUGGUCUGGCCACCGCCUCCUGCUGUGCUGCAGCCUUUCCAGGACACCUGCCACGUGCUGUUCUGCAGGUGGCGGGCCCGGCAGCUGGUGAAGAAUAUCCCACCUUCAGACAUGGCCCAGAUCAAGGCCAAGGUGGCUGCCAUGGGGGUCCUGCAGGAGCUGCGACAAGACUGGGGCUGCCGGCGAGCCUGGGUCAGGGACUACUUGUCCUCUGCCACUGACAACCCCACAGCCUCAGGCCUGUUCGCUGAGCGACUGAAGGCACUCCGGGAGAAGGACUGCUUCGGCGCCGUGCUCUUCUCCAGCCACGUUCGGAAGGUGAAUCGCUUCCACAAGAGCCGGGACCGCGCGCUGCUGCUCACUGACCGGCACCUUUACAAGCUGGACCCGGGCCGGCAGUACCGGGUGAUGCGGGCUGUGCCCCUGGAGGCGGUGACCGGGCUGAGUGUGACCAGUGGGCGGGACCAGCUGGUCGUGCUGCACGCGCGGGGCCAGGAUGACCUGGUGGUGUGUCUGCACCGCUCCCGGCCGCCGCUGGACAACCGCGUGGGGGAGCUGGUGGGCGUGCUGGCCGCCUACUGCCAGGGGACGGGGAGGGCCCUGGAGGUCCGCGUCUCCGACUGCAUCCCCCUGAGCCAGCGCGGGACCAGGCGCCUGGUCUCCGUGGAACCCAAGCCCGAGCAGCCCGAACCGGAAUUCCGCUGCAGCCGCGGUGCCUUCACCCUCCUGUGGCCUAGUCGCUGACCUGUCCCGCCACAGCGGCCUACCUUCACACCAGCCCAGUGCCGGAGCCCGGGCCGUGGGCAAUAAAGGGUUCUGAA